AUGUCUCUUGGCUAUUCACAAUCUCAAGCUGACUGUUCUUUGUAUGUUAAAUCCACCUCCACCAGUUUCACAACUUUACUAGUGUAUGUGGAUGACAUAGUUUUAGUUGGUAAUUCCCUUGAUGAAAUUCAUUAUGUUAAGCAUAUUUUGGAUCAACAGUUUAGCAUCAAAGAUUUAGGCAAGUUGAGAUACUUUUUAGGCUUUGAGAUUGCUAGGUCAACUAAAGGUAUUUUCAUGAAUCAAAGGAAAUAUACCCUCCAUUUGCUUGAAGACACAGGUUAUUUGGCAGCCAAACCAUCUUCUGUACCAUUUGACCCCAAUCUAAAGUUGUCUACUUCAGUUGGUCAACCUCUUGCUGAUCCCUCCUCUUACAGGAGACUUAUUGGUCGCUUAAUCUACCUUACAAAUAGCAGGCCUGAUAUAUCUUAUGUUAUACAUCAUUUGAGUCAGUAUGUUGUAAAGCCUCUUGCCCCUCAUUAUCAGGCUGCCACUAGAAUCCUAAGAUAUCUCAAGUCUGCACCUGCUAAGGGAAUCCUUUUUUCUGCUGCUAGUCCUCUAAAACUAUAUGGUUUUGCAGAUUCAGAUUGGGCCAGAUGCCCAGAGACUCGAAAAUCAAUUACAGGGUUUUAUGUUAUCCUUGGAUCCUCACUCAUUUGCUGGAAAUCUAAGAAACAAAACACUAUUUUUCGUUCUUCCACUAAAGCCGAAUACAAAGCUUUGGCCUCCUUAUCUUGUGAACUGCAAUGGCUUCAAUUUCUUUUUCGAGAUUUCCUCAUUGAGUUUCCUCAGGCUGCUUCUGUUUACUGUGACAUCAACCCAUUCAAUCUUUAUUGA